UUAGCCACACCCUAUGAGCUAUGACGCCAAAAACGUCCUUUCUCUUCAGUGUAAACGGAAGUUAGCAAUGACCAAAAACAAUUUCUACGUUAGCUUUUUUUAUUGCUGUUAUUUAUACGUUUAUUAACACGAUGUAACUCUAAAUAUGACUAAUUAACUUAACAGCAUCACAUACGAAUUGGAGACAGGACUUGGUUGAUAGAUGUUAUCUAGGUAUAGUUAGCUAACAAUGGCUAACUGCAUGGUUUUUCACAAUCAAAUAGCCUCCAUUAUGGAGAUGCUAGCGAAUUCAGCCGUGGCAGAGAUCUGUAAACUCGUAGACGACGACUAUGCAGUGUUUCGUUUGGAAAUGACUCAAAGCCAGAAAGACAACAGGGGAUUGCGGAGGAAACUACAACUACUGGAACUGAAGGUGGCACGGGAGCGCGCAGAGAGAACAUUGCGACAGCACGUCGUCGCCAGUCGUCCCAGUAGUGUCAAGAUCCUCGACCGAUACAGAGGAAUGGCAAGAGGUGAAGGACAUCUCACUGGAGGCCACAGGAGCUUUGUGAAGCCAGCGGGACACAAUGCGUGGAGAGAUGACCAACCCAUAGCUAUAGAUGAGGGGAGUGGAACCUCAACCCAGCAUGUUAUCGUGAUCGAGUCUGCAAAUGCAGAUGCUGCAGGUCCUGGGGUCAAGCAGGAGAGGAAUGAAGGAGAGGACCCUAGACACAACAGAGACAUCCAGACUGGAGCAGCGGUUGGAGUGGCACCCCCUUUAGUCACGGAGGACCUUGCCAAUGCCGCUGCACCCCAGGCCAGGACCCGACGCGGCAUCACGGAGGUCAGUGGAACGCUGAACGACGCCCUCAAGUCAGAGACUUUAGGAUCAGACCCAGAGAGACUGGGGCUGGGGCCACUGGGCUGUCCUCCUGCUCCUGGCACAGAGUACUUACCAUUAUUUCACCAGAGCCAGAGGACGGUUAAUUCCCAUGGAGAUGGUGAUGCAUUCUACACUGGCAUUGAUGAUCUGCCUUGUUCUUACGCUACAGAGAUGGACCCUGGCCACAUAUCCUUGGGUUUAGAGACACAGACUGAUCUGUUUAGAGGGGACUGGAACCGGUACAGUAGUAGUGUAUACUCUGAAGGGUGCCUAGAUAAGAAAGGGGAGGUUAUAGUGGUAGAUGAGGUGACUGUGAAAGUGGAGGGCGAUGCUCCUCCUACAUGGAAUGCAGAUCGUCACAUAGGAGAUGGACAGUCACAUGGCAGAGAUUUCUUAGAUUACAGGGGAAGCUUAGAGACAAAUCUAAAUGUCGACACUCACUCCCCUUUACAUGUGUUCAGGGAUCGUGACCCAGUGUCCACGUCAUUGGGGCCUUUCGAUUCACAGGGCUCCGUCCUUUUCGAUCAGGUAUUGAACUCAACAGACCAAAGUGCCAAGACGCAGGGAGGGGGAGCCACAUCGGGCAAUAAUAAAGACAAACCGUUCCUCUGCAUGUUCUGUAACAAAGGCUUCAGCUGCUCCCAGAAGGUGGAGAUCCAUCAGAGGAUCCACACAGGGGUGAAACCCUUCAGCUGUACCCAGUGUCACAUGCGCUUCGCCCAGGCUUGCAACCUGAAGAGGCACCAGAGGGUCCACACAGGGGAGAAACCCUACAGCUGCCCCCAGUGUGAGAAGAGGUUUUCCCGCCAGCACCAGCUGAAGAUGCACCUGAAGGCCCACACGGAAGAAAGGUCGUUCACCUGUACGCACUGCGGAAAGAGUUUCUCAGAGAGCUGCUACCUCAGGAUACACCAGCAGAAAAACCAUUCCACUCUAUAACAUAGAAAGUAACCAUUCCACUUGAUAGUUUCUGACAUUUAGAUCAAACACUGCAUUAAAGACAAAUGGUAAUUGUUUUCAACAGAAAAUACCCAUAGAUUAAUAAAACCCAUUAGGCUACAAUGCCUCUUAUUCUCUGGCUGUAUACAAAAAUCCAUACGUAUCCGAAUGGGUCCAUUAAUUGCUAAUGCAGUUAAGGUGUGGAGGCAGGCCAACAGACAUCUCAUGAUCUCAUUCCCUUUUCACAGCCAUUCUCCAUUAUGGACAAUAACCUAAACUUAUCGGGCUCAAACCACUUUGUUUUUCAAUCAAUGGUCUAGUAGAAAUAUUUUCAUCCUCAGUGACAUCUUUGACAAUUCAGGUCUUCAAACUUUUCAAGACUUCAAAGAAUCAUAUAAUCUCCCAGGGACUUCCUUGUUAUUUUUUUCCUUAUGCUCCGCUUGGCUCUCAAAGCCUAUGGAGUACCCUGGGAUUUCCUUAUUGCCACCCAUCACCUAUUUGAUACUCUUUUGAAUACUCCCAAGUCUGUUGGCCUGGUCUCCACUCUCUACUCCAAACUCUACUCGAUCGACAAGUGUUCACCUGCGGCCACUUCCAUCUGGAACAGAGAACUAAUAGGUUUUGGAGAACAGUUGAACUGGAAGGUGAUUUGGAACAAUGUUUUCUCAUCAAAAAACAUCUCACCAGUUGAUUCAUUUAAAAUGUAUUCACAAAUGUUUUGAUACACCAUAUAGCCGCUUCCAAAUGAAACUCUCUGGCUAUAAUCUUCGUAAACUGUUGCCCUCUUGAAUCAGUCGGGAUCUAUAUACAUAUGUUUUGGGAAUGCCCAGUGAAUCUGUGCUGGAAAUUCACUGUUCGACUGACAGACCUUUCAAUUAUCUGAAUGUGUGGGGUACAGAGAUGGGGUAGUCAUUCAAAAAUCAUGUUAAACACCAUUAUUGCACACAGAGUGAGUCCAUGCAACUUAUUAUGUGACUUGUUAAGCAUAUUUUUACUCCUGAAGUUAUUUAGGAUUGACAUAACAAAAUACUUAUUGACCCAAGACAUUUCAGCUUUUCAUGUUUAAUUAAGUUGUAAAAAUGUCAAACAACAUAAUUCCAUUUUGAUAUUAUGGGGUAUUGUGUGUUGGCCAGUGAUAAAAAAAUCAAAAUUUAAUCAUUUUUAAAUUCAGGCUGUAACAACAAAAUGUGGAAUAAGUCAAGGGGUGUGAAUACUUUCUGAAGGCUCUGUAAUAGUCGAUGGAGGUUAUCCAAGGAUAAAUGAUUUUUAACAAACCCACUUUUAUCAAUAAAUGAAGUUCUGUCUUGA